CUAAGUUAUUUCUUAUCUUUAGUAUGAAUUGUGUUUUUACUUUCAAUUGAACUGCAAUUGACCCAAAAUUUUGAGGAAAUUAGACUAAAAUGUUAACAGUUGAUAUUGAAUUCAAAUCCGAUAAUGAGUGGUCUUUAGUAAAGAAUACUGAAAAAAAGUCCGAAGCUUUAAUACGCCGCAAAAUCAAACGGAAACGGAAAAUUUUUCAAUAUAUUAUAUUAUUCGGAAUACUUGUAAUUUCGAUGAUUGGAGUUUGUGCAUUGUUAAAUGUUUUAAACUCAACCGCAGAAAAUCCACAAUUAUUUGGUAGGACAAAGCAUGUUCUGUUAUGGAAGAGCAAACAUAUGUUUGGAGAAAUGGCCUCACAGUCUGGUGAUACCUAUAUCUGUGAAAGAAGCAAAUGCAUAAUUGAAUUUAGUUAUGAAGAUAACAUUGACUUGAAUAAAUUUGAUGCUAUUGUUAUUGAUGGUCUUGGUAAAGAUUAUGCCAUUGUACCUCAUCGUUACUCACAUCAACUGUAUGUGGGUGCAUUUCCACCAAAUUUCGAUCCAAUUGAAUUUACAAAUAUCUCUUAUGAUAUAUUAAUGUCUUAUAAAUUAAAUUCUGAUAUAGUUUGGACAUAUUAUGAAAUUACAACUAUAAACUCAAGUUCAACUUUUGUAACAUCCACGUUACAACGAAAUUGGGACAACGCAGUAACUGUCAAUGAAAGUGAUAUAGAAAAACUGAAAAUCUUUGCUCAAAAUAAAAAUAAACUGAUCUUUACUUUCCCAACAAACAGCUGGAGUAACUAUUAUAAGUAUUUGAUUGAACAAUUUAAUAAUUCUAUUUCAAUUGAUAUCUGUACAAAUUGUGAUUUUCAAUACUUAUCCUUAGUAUAUAAAUUCAUACUGAUCUCACCAGAAGUUAACUGUGAAGACAAUGUGCCGAAUAUAUUUUACCUAGCACUCAAGAAUCGAAUUGUCCCCAUUGUAUAUGGCAAAGUGGAUUUUAAGCGUUUUGCUCCCCCUAGGCACUUCAUAAAAGCGGAUGAAUUUUCGACUGUGAAAGAAUUUGCUAACUUUUUAAAAUAUUUGGACAAAACACCAGAUGCUUAUUUGCAGUACCUAACAUUUUCAUAUCAAUAUACAAUUAAGGCAAAUUUUUUGCCAAUGUGUAAAAUAUGUAAUUUUCUAAAAAAUACAGAUUUUGAGUAUUAUCAAAAUAGAAAUGUAUCAACCCUUUUUAGAAGUGAUUGCUAA